AAUGUUCACUGAAAAAACCCAAUCCAUGUACAUUUAAUACUAUGUUGAAUCAAUAUUCCAUUGAAUAAACAUGGACGAAGAAGAAAGGAACUACUGUUGCCUGGCCUUACUUCUGUUAAGAGUAGGGAAUCCAUGUCUGCGUCGUUACUUCAAAAAUCAGUGGAAUGCUGCAGGAAAAUACACACCUUGGACUGACUGUGCUCAGAAUGGAGCUGACCUGCUGCGGAUGUUUAAGCCUCUUUGGUAUGAAAAGAAGGCAGUGACAUCUGGUGAUACAUCAGGAUGGGACAUGUCUCUUUUAAUCAAUGCUCUUCUUCAUUCACGGCCACCAUUUGUUGUAGCAGCUAAUCUGGUAGCAGCCCUUAAAACGUUAAAAGAAAUGCGAAACAAUUUGUGUCACUCUCCAGUUUCAAGGGUUGAAGCUACUGAGUUUCAAACAUCAUGGAGGGAUGGAUGUAAUUCACUGAGGUUGUUCGGCGCUACUGCUGGGGACUUUGAUAAGGUGGAACAAGGUGAGAGUUAUAUUAAAUCAGAUAGAUCACAUCCAUCAUGUAUGUCAUUCAACACUAUUUACAUUCAUGUAGUCAUUCAAUCUUUCCUAUAAAAAUUUAGAAUGGAAUAGAGUAGGAAUAGGAUGGAUUAGAACAGACUGGAUGAUAUAGAAUGAAAGAGAACAGAAUAGAAUAAGAACAGAAUAGAGUAGGAA